AUGAAAAUAUAUGGUAUUAAAUAAGAGGAACGAACAAACCCAGGUCCAGUCAGCAUUCCAAGAUCAAUUCCUUUCUGUACUAUUUAUAAGUAUCUUCUAUUAGAUUAGACAAGUGAAAAUUUGAUAUCAAUUUAAAAACAAUGGACUGUUAUUCAUAAAUUCAUGAGAGCCUUAAACAAGUUAUAAUUAGCUUAAAACAAAAUACAUAAUUAACCAAAGUACCCUUUUGUAUUACAACUCUCUAUGAAUGAAUUUAUGGUACAUAGUAGUUAUUAUUCUUAGGUUCAUUUGGGGGUUGAUAAACUAGAAUUAAGAAUGUCUAAUGAGCUUUCAUUCUAUCCCAAUUAUGGGCCUGUAUAAUACUGUUGUCCUCCUCCAGUCAGUUCACCUGCUCCAACAAUUAAACUUCCUAUUCAUAAGAAGCGGGAAGUGAACGUCCUACAAGACUAGAAGGAUACUAAGAAUAUUCCAAAGAAUUAUUGCAAGAGCAUUAUAACUUUUGCUUGUAAGAAUCAAAAUCUAUGUUUGGAAAUCCUUAAAGACUAGUUGAAAGUGAUAAAAUUCUUGGAAAAGAUUACUGUCUACAAAAAAUAACUGCUUAACAUAAGGAUCUUCAGCAGCCUUUUACAACACUCUGAUGACCCUGAAGAGGAGGAGUUCAGAAAGGCAUUUAGAAUAAUAAGGUAAAUUCAAAUAGUAUAUAUAUUAGUCGGAUAUUCAUCAAGAAAUAUGCUAUAAACUAUAUUUUUAACUCUAAGAUAGUGUAGCAUAACUGGCAUAUGAGAUAUAGAUCAUAAAUUUAUAAGGGAGUAAAAAACCCAAAUAAUUUUUCACAUAUUAAAAACUUAUGA